GUUCGUUUUGAUUGAACCGACGAACUGUCAUUGAAUUUGCAGAUUUAGCGCUGUUUUAUUAUUGUUUUUGUGUGCUAUAUCAUAAAGUAUUGCUGUAUCGUUCGUGUUCCAUGUUGUGUUGAUUGAAAUCCCCAAACACACAGUGAAUUGAAUCGAAAUUAUUUUUGAUUUUGAUUUUUUCUUUUAAAUCCGGGCAUCGCAUGGUAAAAAGAGCCAUCAAAAAUAAGAAAUCCAAAUUGUCAAUCGGAUGCGGAACUUUUGAUUGGAAAAAGAGCAUUUAGCAACGCCAAAAUCACCCAAAAAAAAAACGAAGUCACACACUCACAAUGAGCAAAGAAUUGCAUGCGACAAAAUGUCGUGCGUGUAUGUUUCCACUGAAUACGGCAACGAAUAUCGUGCCCAUAUUCAAAGAAUAUAAAGCCAGUACGAUUUUGGCGCAUAUGAUAGCCGAUACCAUUCACAUUUUGCCGGAGCCAGACGAUAAAUUGGGUGGCAAUGUGUGUAAAUUGUGCGCCGAAAAGAUUUACGCCUUUUACGAAUUUCGAUUGUCGUAUUUGGAAUCGGAUAAGCGGCUACGCGAAAUGUUACACAAUUAUGAGACAAACCAAAGACUGACGGCAUCUGGUUCAGAUUCAGUAUCUAGCAUGAGCAUUACGGACGAAGAUAGCAGCGCACAACGACCAAAACUGGAAAAAUCGAGCAGCGAACUCAGCAACGUAUACGAUAGAAUAGAAUGUCACGAGUGUGGGCAAUGUUUUGAGCGCGAGCUACAAUUACGAAUUCAUUUGCAUACGCAUCGCAAUGAGACACCGUCACAUAAUACCGAUUCACAAAAUGGUUUCGAUGAGCAAUUUUUGUUGGCCACCAUUAAAAGUGAACCCGUCGAAUAUGAAUUGGAUCCAAUGGAUCCGAUGGCGGCCAUAUUGGAUUGGCCGGAUACAACACAAAGUGAUGCCGAUAAUUCGUCACUGCAGCAUGAUGACGAAAUGCGUUGGAAAUGCACGAUAUGUGAGCAGCGAUUUUUGCGUCGUGCACAUUUGCGUUCCCAUCGGAGACAGCAUGCAGUCGAUCGAAAUAACACCAGUACCACCAGCAGCACAAUCACCGCCGUCACCGCCACCAUCGCUACCGUCAGCGAUAACAAGCCCAACGAGAAGAAAAGUGACAAAAAGACCAUUCCACCAACGCAUAAACAUGACAAAAGCAGUGUAAAUCUGCUGAAAAAGAAGUAUAACCUAAAUGUUACGGCCGAUGCGGCACAGUUUGAGCGAUGGCAAUGCAAAAAAUGCUUCUCAACAUUCCGAACGCGACGCUUACUACGCGACCACAAUGUCGUCCACCGAAAUUCAUCGCUUGCUUCACUCGAUUUUGAUAGCAGUUUGCUGAACGAUAGCCUCAAUCCAAAUGAACCGUCAAUCAUACACUUUGAUGCUGAUUCGGAUGCGGCCGUGGCAGCAGCAACAGCUGCGGCGGCUGCCAUUGAUGUGCGAAAUUACAUCGCUGCACCGCCGUCACCACCACCACCACCACAACAAUCACCGAAAAAAAUGAGCAGCUCACCAAAGUCACAGUCGACACCGUUGAAGAUGAACACCAGCAGCAGUGAAUCGGCCAAAUGGAAAUGCCCCAAGUGUCGCAAGGCAUUCGAAACGCCGAAACAAUUGCGCAAACACAAAUUGGCCGCGCACACCUUCGAAAUUAAAUUGAAUCUCAAAUCAAAGAAUUUUAUCAGCGAAAGGAAAAGUGUGAGCUUCAGUGAACUGACGACAUCGUCGGCAGCGAAAAAACGGAAGCUUGAAGCACGUUCGCAAUUUGUUGAACGUGAUUGGCCAUGUUCGAGUUGUCAUCAGGUGUUUAGUCGGCGCAAUCAAUUGCGUGAACAUCGACGCACGGCACAUAUGCUCAAGCCAAUGGGUGCGUUGCCCAUUUCAAUUUCCAUGAAACAGGAACUCGGCCCGGAUGAUUACGCUGUCGCCGACUAAAUGAUACAAACAAACACACACACACACACACCAUUUAUACACAAUCACACACAGACAUCGGACACACAUAUUUUCAUUUUAUCGAGAAAUUUUACGUUUUUCCAACGAUUUUGAGCGAAAAAAUACAAACAAACGACGAACGCAUGGACGAGAGAGCGUGAGAUAGAGAGAUUUUAAACUUGUAUUCAAUGCAUUGAAUAUUUUUGUUCUUUUUUUUUGGUGUUCACCGAUUUACUGAAUUUCCAUUUUCACACCGAGUUUUCUAUUUCGAAUUUACGAGAGAAAAAAAGCAUUUUUUUUUCUCUUCUUCAUUUCAUUUUCGAAUUCUUUUUAUCAUUUUUUUUUGAGUUUAGGCCGCAGUAUUGAUCGUGUUGAAAUUUCCAAUGUAUAAAUAUUAAUGAUUUUUCUCAAUCUCAUUUUUUUUAAAUAAAGAAAUAAAUAAAACAAA